CAGUCUCCGUCCCCAUUUGUCUGUCCACUUCCUUUUCUAUUUGUACCUCCAUCCUUCAUCUUCAUCUUCAUCUCCAUCUCUAAAGACUCUGUAAUUUUCAGACAAGGCUAGACUGGUCCAAGGAGGAAAAACAAAAAGAUGGUUCAUAGUGAAUCGCGUGAAGAAAAUGUUUACUUGGCAAAGUUGGCUGAACAAGCUGAAAGAUAUGAAGAAAUGGUUGAGUUCAUGGAGAAAGUGGUGAAAGUAUCUGAUGUUGAGGAGCUGAGUGUGGAAGAAAGGAACCUUCUUUCAGUGGCUUAUAAGAAUGUGAUUGGUGCAAGGAGGGGUUCUUGGAGGAUUAUUUCUUCGAUUGAACAGAAGGAGGAGUCUCGAGGAAAUGAAGAUCAUGUCAACAUCAUUAAGGAGUACAGGAGUAAAAUUGAAGAGGAACUCAGCAAGAUUUGUGAUGGUAUUCUGAUUCUUUUGGAGAAGAAUCUCAUUCCUGUGGCAUCAUCUGGGGAAUCUAAGAUAUUUUACCUUAAGAUGAAGGGUGAUUAUCAUAGGUAUUUGGCUGAGUUUAAGACUGGUGCUGAGAGGAAGGAAGCUGCUGAGAGUACCUUGUUGGCUUACAAAUCUGCACAGGAUAUUGCUUUGGCAGAUUUAACGCCUACUCAUCCGAUUAGGCUGGGACUGGCACUUAAUUUCUCCGUCUUUUACUAUGAGAUUCUUAACUCACCUGAUCGGGCAUGUAAUUUGGCAAAGCAGGCUUUUGAUGAGGCUAUUUCUGAGCUGGACUCAUUGGGUGAGGAAUCAUACAAAGAUAGCACUUUGAUCAUGCAACUUCUUCGCGACAAUCUGACACUAUGGACAUCUGAUGUCGCGGAUGAAAGUGUGGACGAGAUCAAAGAAGGUUCGAAACGCGAAUCAGGAGAAGGUCACGAGUAGUGAUGAAUGGUUCAUCCUCCUAUUGAGCUGCUGCAUUAUAAUAGUAUUACAGAUGAUGAAAAUUUCUAGUUGGCUGUUAUGUCCUCUGCUAGCUUAUAUUAAUAGCAUUUUCUUUGCUCCUCUUAGAUGAUGAUAAACAAAUCUCCCCUUUCUAAGGAAGUGAAUUCUUAAUUCAUUUCUCUUUUGUUGUGUCUUUCUAUGAUUCUACAAAGAUGUUUGCUGUUUUCUGCCUUAAAAACAAUUUGGAAUUAUUUUACCUAGAA